AUGGCGAGCAGCCUGGGGCCGGGUUCGGGCUGGACGGCGGCGGUCCGGAGGCUUUUGCAGCACUUCAGCUCCUCCCAGCGGCCAGGCUCCUCGGCUUUCCAGUGCCUCCCCCUGAUGGUGGAGGGCCAGCAGGUGGGCCUCGUGGCCCCCGCCGUCGCCCGGGAGCUGCGCGCUUUCCCCGACGUGUUUGUGGAGGCGGCGGGCUGCCUGGAGCUCCGAGGGGGCCGCUGCCCGGAGGAGCGAACGGAGGCCUUGGCUCGGGUCCUGGCGAGGCUGCGGGCAGAGGGCCGCCUGGCGCGGCUGACCCAGUGGCGAGAUGAGGCCUAUGAGGUGCGGCCCAGGUUCGGAGCCCCAGCCUUAUUGCACGUGGAGCGAGCAGCAGCCCCCUUGCUGGGAGUCCUUCAGUUCGGGGCGCAUCUCAACGCCUUCGUCAAGCGGCCCCGAGCAGACGAGGCGGGUUCCUGGGAGACGCUCAUGUGGCUGGCAAGGCGAUCCCCUCACAAGGCCACCUACCCGGGCCUGCUGGACAACCUGGCAGCUGGAGGUAUAAGUGCCGGGCUGGGCGUGAAGGAGACCCUGGUGAAGGAGAGCUGGGAGGAGGCCCGGGUGCCCCCACAUCUGGCAGCCCAGGCCCUGCCAGUGGGCUGUCUCAGCUACGCCUAUGAGGAGACGGAGCCGGAGCGGGACGACCCUGGGGCUGUGGUGCGAGAAUGCCUCUUUGUCUUUGACCUUCAAGUGCCCGAAGAUUUCACCCCCCAAGUGGGAGACGGGGAGGCCCAGGAAUUCUACCUGUGGCCCCUGGACAAGGUCCAGGAGGCUGUGCAUUCUGGCGGCUUCAAGCCCAACUGUGCCCUGGUGGUGGUGGACUUCCUGCUAAGGCACGGACUGCUGCAUCCAGACCAGGGUAAGGACCAAGGACAGGAGGGCACGGCCCGCCGAGCCAGGCUGCCGACCCCUGACCCAGAUCUCUGCCCCUCCCAGAGCCCCUGUACCCAGAGCUCGUGGCAGUGAUGCACCAAACCCUGUGAGGCAGGCCCAGGCAGAGGGGACGAGAGCCCAGCGUUUGGGGCGCCGCCACCGUCUUCACAAAAGGAAGAGGCCGUCUGUGCUCCUGGCAUGGCGAGGGAGUCCAGGCAGAACUGUUCUCUAAAGGGGCCUCCCUCAUUGGAGCGUGUGGCCCCAGGCCCGGAAGGAAAGGAAGAUCUGGGGCACGGGGACAGGUUUUCCCAAGGCAGAGCCUGGGACUUUCCUGGAGGGACUCUCCAAAAGGUGAAGGAGUGAGGGCUCAGCCAGGAGGACCACAGACGUCCUCCUCUCGCUUCUCCCUUGCCAAGGCUGCAGAGUUCCCUUUACCUUCACCCUGAAAGCUUCCAGCUCAUGCUGUUAUCACUGGCCCCAGCUUAGCUUCUCUUCCAGGUUCUAGGCUAUGUCCCUUCUACCUUGAGGCCCCUGCCUUUUUCACCUGGCCAGCAAGGGAGCACCACAGACCUGAGUUCAAAUCCAGCCUCCGACUCCCACUAGCUGGGUCAUUUCAUCUCUCCGUGCCUCAGCUUCCUCCACUGUGAAAUAGGGUCAUCAUGACACCUGCCUCCCAGGGUUGCUGUGAGGAUCCAGUAAAACAACAUUAGGUGCCAUAGAAACCUCUCCUGCAAUGGCUGGGCCUCGGGCAUAUUUGGCUCCGUGGGGCCUUCCUCUACUCCCAAGAGUUUCACAGUGCCUGUUCUGGGCACCCUCUUCCUUCUUUCCCUUUGCAAAGCUUCCUGGGUGUAUCAUCUGGGAUUUACAAGCAGCCUGUUGGAGGGAUUCCCACAGAGGACUCCCGAAGCCCCCAGGAGUGGGCUGGGCCCUGUUCUGUUGGGGAGAGGGCAGAAUUCCCCGAAGACCUGUCGGUGACAUCACGAGUCCUUUGGAGCAUUUGCAGGAAAUCGCGGUGCAGAAAUAAUGCUGUGGGAGGCGAGGGUGACUGGGAACCGGGCGAGCAUUUCCACGGUGCCUCGUGUGGACCAAGACAGGUGCCACAGGCCCUGCCUUCCCUUUAUGGCCAUACGCAUGAUGUGGAAAAGAUCAGACGGGGCCCUUCUUUAAUGAGCGCAGGUGAAGAAAACCAACCAGCUUCACUAGGUGGCACCCUCCAGACCCAACCAGGUCUUGUCCGCCUGAGCUCGCUGACUCUUCUUCAGGCGGUCUGUUGUGAGGAAGAUUAAUAAAUGAUGAAUGGG